AUGGCAUAAGAAUCUAUAAGAUUAUUAGCAAAAUAACUGAAUAAAAACAAAUUUCUUGUAAAAUGUUUCUAAUUGAAACUAGAUUGCAAAACCUGCAACAGAUGUGUUUUAAUGUGUCUAAGCAUUUAUUUUAUUGGUCAAAGGAGUGAAAACCAAAGAUUGGUUAUUAGCAUAAUUAUUGAUGAGCUGUAGUUUAAAUCAAAUGGUGGAAAUAAUUCUCUAAAAAAAGAUUGAAUAUACUAACCUUAUACAAUGCAAGAAACUAUUUCAUUUAAUACCUUAAUAAUAAAAUUCUUUAGGGAAAUUAGUAUACGAAUUAAUAAGUUAAAGUUUAAAUUUUUUGGAAGAAGAUAAGUACAAGUUUUAAAGAAGCAAAAGCACUCUGUUACGACAUGAGUCAAACUAAUAUAGUCAAAGUUUUAAUAAAAUUGGUAAUUUUAAUAAAAAAAGCUCCAUUAUUAAAUGCAAGGAGGAUUUAAAUAAAAUAAUACAAAAUAGAAAAAUAAUUCAGGAUUAAAAAAUCAGAGAAGAUGAUAAAAAGAAAUUUGAGUUAUUAAAAGAAUAAAUGAAAAAAUUAAAUAAAAAUAGUUAUUUUAUGUCUCCCCGAAAAAUAUAAUAUGAUUAAUAAGAAAAAAAUAUCCUAAGCAAUAACAAUUCAGAGAGGAAAUUGACAAAUAAUAAAUAAAUGAGAUCACUUAGAUCAUUUAGACAAUCAUUUAAUGAUUGA